GGUGAUAAAUACGCCGUAAAUUAAGUAGUAUUUUGUUAUUAAUUUUUAUUCUAUGAUUUUAGAUGUUUAUUUUAUUUUUAUUUUAAUGUUAUAAACUUAUAAACAAAAUUUUACAAAUUAUAAACACACCGUGAUACCACAUCCAUACUUUGUAACAAAAAUAUUACUUAACGUCCAUUUUUAACUUCUGUAAUCUUUUGUUUUAAACAAUGCCUUUGGACUGUAUGGAUAACGUGAACUUGAGUAAUUGUUUAUGGUUUGAAGGAGGAAGUGAAAAAAGAAAUGUUGUAUCUGGAAUGAUAUCAGGACUUCUGUUUGCAGUCGGAUGGUGGCUUAUAAUUGAUGCAAUGGCUGUAAACCCUAGUCAAGUACCCGGUACCUAUCAUAUAUGUGGAUUGGUUGGAACAUUUUCAUUGUUUAUGAUUAACGUUGUAUCUAAUUCUCAAAUUCGAGGAGAAGCUUACUCAGGAGGAUGGUUUGGACCUAGAGGAGCUCGUAGUUGGUUAUUUAUGGGUUUUGUAUUAGGUUUUGCUGCUUUGAUUGCUGCUUGUUGGAUAUUUUUUGCUGAUUUUGUUGCAGCUAAAGGUUCAACUAAACCAAACAUGACAGUUGGACUUGAACUGUUUUUUCAAAAUGCUUUUAUAUUUGCUGCAUCUCUGAUUUACAAAUUUGGUCGUGUGGAGUAUCAAUGGUAAAAAAAAUUAAAUUUUUAAAUGAUUAAUAUUGCACUACAUUAAAAAAAAAUGAUAUGUUUAAUGUCUA